GCGGGCGGGGCGGCCUCGGACCGUCGAGCCGCUCCUGGAGCGGCGCCGCCCUCCCGGUCACCUCCUCCCUCUCCGUGUAGUUGGUGAGGUCCCUGGAGGGACAGAAGGUGUCCUCCCGGGUCCAGGCCCUGACAGGCAGCUAGGCGGCCGAGGGCGCGGAUGCUCGCAGGCGUGCGCGCGUAGGAGGCGGCUGCGCUCUUCCCACAGGGCCCGGGCGCGGCCUGAGGAACCCGGCUCAGCCAGGACGCUCAGUGGCCGUGGACCGGGCCUUGGGUGCGCGCGAGGCGGCGGAGGCGGCGGCGGCGGCGGGAACCCCGGGUCCCCAGGCCGCGCGAACCGAUCCCGAGGCGCCUCGCCCACGCUCGCUCCUCUUCCCCCGCCCCGCUCCGCUUCCUUCCUCGGUUCAGCGCGGGCCGGACGCGAACCGGGGGCCAGCCUCGGGGCCGUUCAACUUGGCGGCUCCGGGCCCGCUGCCCGCGCGCUAGUUGUGAGGCGUGGCCGGGCGAAGGAGGCGCUUGGGGGGCGUGGGGCUCCCCAGCUGGAGGCUGCGGCGGCGGCGGCGAUCGAGAGGGCGCGCGGGACAAUGAGCUGGGCAGCUGCGCGCCGCGGCCGCCUUUAGCUGGCUGAGCCGGCCCACCUGCGAGCACGAUGGCCCGCAUGCCCGAGCCAGGUGUCCCGCUGCUUUAAGGCCGGAGCGCCCAGAUCGCGGCGCGCUGCGGCCGGGGCGGCGGGGACGGUUCCUUUAUUAAUUCCUUUAUUUGUGGGAGAGCUCUCUGAGCAGCCGCGAUGGCCAGCACCAGGAGCAUUGAGCUGGAGCAUUUUGAAGAACGGGACAAAAGGCCGCGGCCGGGGUCGCGGAGAGGGGUUCCCAGCUCCUCCGGGGGCAGCGGCAGCUCCGGCCCCAAGGGCAAUGGGCUCAUCCCCAGCCCGGCGCACAGUGCUCACUGCAGCUUCUACCGCACGCGGACCUUGCAGGCCCUCAGCUCGGAGAAGAAGGCCAAGAAGGCGCGCUUCUACCGGAAUGGGGACCGCUACUUCAAAGGCCUGGUCUUUGCCAUCUCCAGCGACCGCUUCCGUUCCUUCGAUGCGCUCCUCAUGGAGCUCACCCGCUCGCUGUCAGACAACGUGAACCUGCCGCAGGGCGUCCGCACAAUCUACACCAUAGACGGCAGUCGGAAGGUCACCAGCCUGGACGAGCUGCUGGAAGGUGAGAGUUACGUGUGUGCCUCCAAUGAACCAUUUCGUAAAGUUGAUUACACCAAAAACGUUAAUCCGAACUGGUCUGUGAACAUCAAGGGCGGUACCACCCGAGCCUUGGCCGUGGCCUCUGUGAAAAGUGAAGUGAAAGAAAGCAAGGAUUUCAUCAAACCCAAGUUAGUGACUGUGAUUCGAAGUGGAGUGAAGCCUAGGAAGGCUGUGCGGAUCCUUCUGAAUAAAAAGACUGCCCAUUCCUUUGAGCAGGUCCUAACGGAUAUCACCGACGCCAUUAAACUGGACUCGGGCGUGGUCAAGAGGCUCUGCACCCUGGAUGGAAAGCAGGUUACUUGUCUGCAAGACUUUUUUGGUGAUGAUGAUGUUUUUAUUGCAUGUGGACCUGAAAAAUAUCGUUAUGCCCAAGAUGACUUUGUCCUGGAUCAUAGCGAAUGCCGGGUACUGAAGUCAUCUUAUUCUCGAGCCUCGGCUGCUAAGUAUUCUGGAUCCAAAAGCCCAGGGCUCUCCCGCCGCAGCAAGUCACCAGCUUCAGUAAAGAGGGCUGGCCACACCAGUGCCUGUUCUUCAGCCAAAUCCCCAGUGAACGGAACUCCCAGCAGCCAGCUCUCCACUCCUAAGUCCACGAAGUCCUCUAGUUCCUCUCCAACCAGCCCGGGAAGUUUCAGAGGAUUGAAGCAGGUUUCUGCUCCAGGCAGAUCUUCUUCCAAUGUGAACGGUGGACCUGAACUUGACCGCUGCCUGAGUCCUGAAGGUGUGAAUGGGAACAGGUGCUCUGAGUCAUUGACCCUUCUGGAGAAAUACAGAAUCGGGAAGGUCAUCGGAGAUGGCAACUUUGCUGUAGUUAAAGAGUGUAUGGACAGGUCUACUGGAAAAGAGUUUGCCUUAAAGAUUAUAGACAAAGCCAAAUGCUGUGGAAAGGAACAUCUGAUUGAGAAUGAAGUGUCAAUACUGCGCCGAGUGAGACACCCCAACAUCAUCAUGCUGGUUGAGGAGAUGGAGACGGCAACUGAGCUCUUCCUAGUGAUGGAGCUGGUCAAAGGUGGAGAUCUCUUUGAUGCAAUUACUUCUUCAACCAAGUAUACUGAGAGAGACGGGAGUGCCAUGGUGUACAACCUAGCCAACGCCCUCAGAUACCUGCAUGGCCUCAGCAUUGUACACAGAGAUAUCAAGCCCGAGAAUCUUCUGGUGUGCGAAUAUCCGGAUGGAACCAAGUCUCUGAAACUGGGAGACUUCGGGCUGGCAACAGUGGUUGAAGGUCCUUUGUACACAGUCUGUGGCACCCCGACUUACGUGGCACCAGAAAUCAUUGCUGAAACCGGUUAUGGCCUGAAGGUGGAUGUUUGGGCAGCUGGCGUGAUCACAUACAUCCUUCUCUGUGGAUUCCCACCAUUCCGGAGUGAGAACAAUCUCCAGGAAGAUCUCUUUGACCAGAUCUUGGCUGGGAAGCUGGAGUUUCCAGCCCCCUACUGGGACAACAUUACAGAUUCUGCCAAGGAAUUAAUCAGUCAAAUGCUUCAGGUAAACGUUGAAGCGCGCUGUACUGCGGGGGAGAUUCUGAGUCACCCCUGGGUGUCCGAUGACGCAUCCCAGGAGAAUAAUAUGCAGGCUGAGGUUACAGGUAAACUAAAACGGCACUUUAAUAACGCGCUCCCCAAACAGAACAGCACCGCCACCGGGGUCUCCGUUAUCAUGGUCCAAGGCCAUGAACACGGCUCUAGAUAAAGAGGGGCAGAUUUUCUGCAGCAAGCACUGUCAAGACAGCAGCAAACCCGCCAGGGAGCGGACCUCGCCUGUCCCUCCCCCAGCCCGGGAGGCCCCUCCCCCACCAGAGUCUCCCAAGCCCCCUCGUCCUCCAGCCGCCUCUGGCUGUGAUCCUGCAGGGACCUGGCGCCGCCACCGAGACUGAACUCUGCGUAGACAAGCCGGGAGCUGCUCGCCGCCUGCCAGGAAGGCCACUCUUCACCAGGCCUCAUCUCCUUGCUGAAAGAGCCUUUCUGUCCUGACUGCUGUUUUGACAGUUUGUUGGCAUGUUCUGUCACGGCCUGGGAACAGGACUGGGGUAUCAUGGAGCCAGUGUUCAGGAUGGCCUCGCGUACCCUGGGUUCUGCCCUCUCUAGUUCCGGGCCAUGUCACGCCACGUCAGUUGUGGAGACAUAUUUGGAAUGACUCAUUUUAAAUCAGCGUGUUUCUAGUUGAAUAGACACUUGGCCGCUCACACAGACAAUGUGCAGCUUUUAUCUGGAAUUACAUUCUUUUUAUAGAAAUGCAUCAGAUGAACUAGGAUUCUCCUACUGAAGGAUACUCCAAGUGCUCCCUUCUCACGGGGACACAGUUGUGAUUGUUCCUUUGUAAUGUCCUGUGAGAAGCAACAUGGCCACCUCCUCUUCAUAGGAAGCCCGAGGCUCCUGGCUUCCGAAGAGAAGAAAUGAUCACCCUCGGAUUCCUGACCUAGGGAAUGCAUCCUGAUACCCCAGGAAGCAGCUUCCCUCUGGCUGGGGUGCAGGGCUCACAGACCUAGCAGACACGGCUUCAGUUUCCCCUAACUUUCCCAACACAUGUAUUAAGCGCUUAUGAAGUUGGCCUGGGGCUUUUCAGUGGACUGUGUAGCAGCUCUUGGAAGUGCAGGAUGAGCUUGACUGCAUCCCCACCAGGCUCUCCUCCCCCUCUGCUGUCCAUGAAGAGUACUCCAAAGCCAUGGCAGGUCGCUGAGACCCAGCGGGGACUGGGGCGCAUGGUGCUCCUUGAAUGUCCUGUGACAACCUUCUGGAAGGCUGCUGGCAGUUUUUCCUUUUUUUCCACUGCCCCACACUUUUUAAUAAUUGUAUAGAACUGUGUAUUGUUUUACCUGCUUGUCUUCUAAACUGGUGGGCCCUUCAGCUCACUCUCAUUGUUAGAUUUUUGCCUUCUCCAAGUAUCCCCGACCUGCAAUAAACUCCUCCCUCUUCGGAAAAGCCAUGGGGUGGGCAGAG